GUACAUGCAGGCGCACUGCACAGACACUGACCUUGUGAUUGUGAGUUGUGACUAACGUAAAAACUAGCGUCAUCUGACGAAGAAUUUUUUUUUAUCAGUGAUACGUAGGAUAACACCCAGUUUGGGCGGGCCUUAGAUAUAUCUAGCUACCAGAAUCUGUCAAUUUAACAUUGAUUCUUCUGAUGUUGGCGCGGGUCAGAAGGCCGAUUUUCAACGCAUUCCCAUCGUUAUACGUUUUUACUGCUUUUGAAUAAAACUUCGAGAACGUUUUGACUUUGGGAAUAGUCAUCUUUUGUCUUUUGAGGAUGACAAGCCUAAAGCCUAUUGAAAAGGCAGUAUUGUUCCUUAUCCAGUGUAUAUUCCAUUUAUACACAAUCAUCACAUGGCCAGUCUAUUUUCUAGUCCAAAAGCCGUGGAAAGCUAAAGCUAAUCACAACAAGUUAAAAUCAGUGGCGUUAAUGCAUGGAGAUGAUUUUGUUUUGCAUAGAAGUGUGUCUGACAUCAGUGAUGUACAUGUUAGAUUUAUACAAGAUAAGAUUGACACAAUGGAAAAAGUCUUCAGGUUUGCUGUUCGUCAGCACGGUCAGAAAGCAGCAGUUGGUACAAGAGAAAUUUUGGCUGAAGAAGAUGAGAUUCAACCCAAUGGCAGAAUUUUCAAAAAGUUUGUGUUAGGAAGUUAUCAGUGGAGAACUUUCACUCAAAUGGAUAAUGAAGCAGAAAGCUUUGGCCGUGGUCUUAGAGAAUUGGGUAUCAAUGCUAAAGAGAAUGUUGUUUUAUUCGCCGAAACUCGAGCCGAAUGGCUUAUAGCUUCAAACGGCUGUAUGAAGCAAAAUAUGCCUCUUGUUACUUUGUAUGCAACUCUUGGAGAAGAUGCCUUGAUCCAUGGCAUCAAUGAAACUGAAGUUUCAUGCGUCGUUACGUCUCAGGAAUUAUUGCCGAAAUUCAGGAACAUUCUACCCUGCACACCAAACGUCACCGUUCUGGUUGUAUUUGAGGACGCAAUAAAACCGUUAGAUUUAUCUGGAUACGGGGAUGUCGUAAAAAUCCUUCCCUAUCGCGAAGUUAUUAGGCUAGGAGAGAUGUCAAGCAAAACAGGUUUAUUGCCUAAACCUGAGGACACAGCUUUCGUCAUGUACACCAGCGGCUCCACAGGUCCGCCGAAAGGAGUGCUAAUGAGUCAUGAAAAUGUAAUGAGCUCCAUGUUAGCUUACACUAAUGUUGCCGUUAUUUUCGAAAGUGACGUUUACAUGGCAUAUCUUCCACUGGCCCAUGUUCUUGAACUAAUUGGAGAGAGUAUGUGUAUGCUAUAUGGGAUUCCAAUUGGUUACUCCAACCCUUUAACAAUGACCGAUAACUCAAGUAAGAUUAAACGAGGAAGCAAAGGUGAUGCAUCAGUGUUAAAACCGACUAUAAUUGCCUGCGUUCCACUCAUCCUCGACCGUAUUUACAAAAGCAUUCAAGAAAAAGUAGAAAGUGGUUCUGCUGUGAAAAAAUCCCUCUUCAAUCUGGCUAUGCAAUACAAGCUUGAUUGGUUUCAGCGUGGAUACGACACACCUAUUAUCAAUUCCGUGUUGUUUCGGCCAGUUCGAGCCAUUUUAGGAGGUCGAAUACGAUUUAUUUUGGCUGGUGGUGCUCCACUUGCCCCUGAAACUCACAGAUGCUUGCGAGCUGCUCUUUGCUGUCCUGUCCUGCAGGGAUAUGGACUGACGGAAACGUGCUCAGCAACUACUAUGAUGGAUUUUUAUGACCGAUCGACUGGUAUAACUGGAGGGCCGUUAAGUUGCUGUGAUAUAAAACUAGUGAACUGGGAUGAAGGCAACUACAGAGUGACAGAUCGCCCUUAUCCUCGUGGUGAGAUUCAUGUUGGUGGACCCAAUGUUGCGGUUGGAUAUUUCAAACAACCAGAAAAAACUAAAGAAGAGUUUUACGAAGAAAAUGGAAGACGUUGGUUUCGUACUGGAGAUAUUGGUGAAUUCAGACCAGAAGGAAACUUACAAAUUGUUGAUCGCAAAAAGGAUUUGGUCAAACUGCAAUAUGGAGAGUAUGUAUCUUUGGGUAAGGUCGAGUCUGAACUGAAAACUUGUUCCUUAAUAGACAAUGUAUGCGUCUAUGCCGAUCCUACUAAGCUGUUUGUUGUUGCAUUAGUUAUGCCGAAUCCAGACCACUUGAAGUCAAUUUCCAUGAAAAGCGGCAUUUCGUGGAACAAUAUUGAAGACAUUUGCCUUAAUAGUCAGAUGGAAAAAGUGUAUCUUACUGAAAUUCAAAAGCAUGGUUUGAAAUGUCGACUAGAAAAGUUUGAAAUACCACAAGCUAUCAAACUAAUCAGUGAAAUUUGGACACCAGACAUGGGGCUUGUCACCGCCGCUUUUAAGUUAAAAAGAAAAAACAUCCAAGACCGAUAUCAGUUGCUGAUCGAUCGAAUGUAUUCCUAAAUAUAGAGGCACCUUCUUCAUUCCCAAUCUCAAAUUUUUUCGGAGUUUUGCGUCUCAUGUAGUCAAAAGUUCUAAUUCUUGUCUUGUUUGUGAUUCUUGUUUUUUGCAGAAAGUUGCUAUAGGAAUGACACUUAAGUACGUAGACCACACCAGCAAGUGACGAGUCUAAUUAUACAAAUGUAGUAUUCAUAGAGUUCUUUACAAGCUCUUCUACAGGUCAUUGAUGAUAAAUGCCAGGCAUCAUAAACUCUUCAUUGAUUUAGACCACACUUGUAAUUGUGGAUGUAUACACCAAGUAGUUAGUUAUGAGAGUUCAUUUAAGUAAUCUCACAGGAUGAAAUAGUUUGAAUAUGAAUGGAUGUCUGAAUGCUGCAACACUUUUCUACUUAUUAAUUAUUUAAGUAAAUGAACUGUAGAAACAAACAGGAAUGUUAUUCAAUUUCUUUAAAUUAAACAUGCAAUCUCCUUCAAAUCAAUACAUUUCUUGAAACACGCAAA